GUAGACUUUCGUCGUUCCCUGCUGUUUAUCUUUGUGGACGCCGCCGUGUGGCAACCUUAGCGUGGUCAUGUGGCCGACUGGGUUUAUUGGGUGUCGUCAUAUGCCGGGUGUAUCUCCGCGAUCAACAUCCGGGCCAGUCGUGGCUUUCGGCUGUUGACGAAGCAUCUUCAGAAGCGACCCUGAGCCCCGCAAUUUCCGUUGCUCGAUCACUCACUUUCACGCAGUGGCUAGGAUGACGCAACAGGUUGAUGUUCUAAUCUGUGGUGGUGGGUCGGCCGGCCUGUGUGCGGCGUUGUGGCUUGCUCGGUGCGGAAUCGACUUCAAGAUCUUGGAGCGGCGGCCGGGGCCUCUCAAAAUGGGGCAGGCCGACGGGGUACAGUGCCGCACCGUCGAGAUGUUUGAGAGCUUUGGCAUUUCCGACGAAUUGCUCAAGGAGGCCUACCACGUUCUGGAGCUGUCGUUCUGGUCUUCAGAUGACACAGGGGCUAUCAAGCGAAACCACUAUGCGCCAGAUUUGGAGCCGGGCUUGAGUCACCAGCCUCAUGUCAUUCUGAAUCAGGCACGGAUGAAUGCCAUCAUCACGGAUGAGAUGCGCCGCUCGUCUUCGUCAGGGCAGGCGAAUAUUUUGUACGGGUAUGAUGUGCGCACGGUCCUUGUUGACAGUGCCGUGUCUGGGGACCCUGAAGCAUAUCCUGUCACUGUCAACGCUACGAAGGAUGAAUUUCAGCAGAUAUUUAAAGCGAAGUAUGCUCUGGGUUGUGACGGAGCGCACAGCCUCGUUCGGAAAUCACUAGGAUUCAAAAUGAUUGGCGACAGCACCGAUGCCGUCUGGGGUGUCAUGGACGUUUACCCACGGACGAAUUUCCCAGAUAUCCGAAAGAAAGCGCUGUUGAACUCUGCCGAGGGUAAUUUGAUGAUCAUCCCGCGCGAGGGUGACAGCUUGGUUCGAUUUUAUAUCGAGUUGGGCCAGGUUGACCCGAAAAAGAUUUCGCUAGAGGAUCUGCAGCUAAGGGCCCGUCUCAUAUUCAAACCAUACACUAUGCACAUCGUUGAGACCUGCUGGUGGUCUGCGUAUGCCAUUGGCCAGCGUCGUGCUGACUACUUCACCAAGGAUCAUCGCGUCUUCUUGACGGGAGACGCCUGCCACACGCACUCUCCCAAGGCGGGACAGGGGAUGAAUGUCAGUCUCCAGGACGGGUACAACAUUGGCUGGAAAUUGGCCGCGGUUCUUCAUGGUCUGGCCGUGCCAGAGUUGUUGGAGACCUACGUCUCUGAGCGGCAGAAGACUGCCAAAGAGCUGAUAGAUUUCGAUCGUCAUUUUCCCAAACUCUUCUCCACGUCAUAUCGACGAGAGCACGGCAUCACGCCCGAACAUUUUCGAGAGCAGUUUGUGAAAGCCGGCCGGUACACCGCGGGACAGGCCAUCAAAUAUGACGACUCCAUGAUAGUGUCUGCGAGUACGAGUGAUCACAGUCUUGCCGAGAAACUGACGGUAGGAAUGCGGUUUCCAAGUGCGCAGGUAGUGAGGUUCUGUGAUGCCCGGGCCUUGCAGUUGGUCAGAGCCUUGCCGGCGACCUCCCAAUGGCACAUCGUGGUUUUUGCCGGAGAUAUUCGCCAGGGUACUAUAUCCACACGGCUGGAACGGCUCUCCAAGGGAUUGGAUACAAUCAUCCAAGACUUCACACCAUGCAAUUCUGAUCCAGACAGCGUGAUUAAUCCUAUUCUCGUCAUAUCAGCGAAACGCACGGAGGUUCAGCAAGAGCAGAUACCACACGUCUUCACACCCUUGACGGGCAAGUGGAAAAUGACAUGUCUCUUCAAGGUUUUCGUCGACGACGAGAGUUAUAAUUCUGGCCAUGGGUAUGCGUACGAGGCCUACGGAGUGAGCCCAAGCCGCGGUGCGUUGGUGAUAGUGCGCCCAGAUCACUACAUUGCCAAGGUAUGUUCACUGGAAGACAUCGAGGGUGUUCGGCUACUUUUUAAGGGAUUCUUGCGUCAGCAUAGUCAUCACGAAACGGCGUGAUAUGCCACGACAGGUCAAAUCUAGACCUUGAAGAGAAUGAGCCAGCGAGGGGAGUUUCCCAUGGGCCAUGAUAGAUCUUCCUAUAGACUCUAGGUUUCCUCGACAAACAGCAAGAGUACGGAUUUGAGAUUUAUGCUGGAUACCAUCGUAGCUAUGCGGCAACUUAUUGUAGCUCAAUUCUCCCACCUUGAGACCGCAACUGUUGAGACAUCGGUAUCGGCAUCAGUGGACGCGACGUGGGCGGAAGUUGAUCCGAAUCGGCUUAAGCUUGUGACUUUGGAGCCAGCCCGUGCGUGCGGCAGCUGUGCCUCCACGUGGGUUGCUCCUUAGAGUCAACGUACUGUGCCUGUCAUCCGAUGUAUGCUAUGACCACUUUAGUAAAUGCGACUC